UUUUAUUAGUUAUUUUACGUCAUAGAUUUAUAGGGUGGCAACUUAUCAACAAAUUAAGUUGAAGUGAAAAUAUUUCGCGCCAAAUAAAAUUUUUUUUAGUGAACAACCUGCACUUCAUGCAAAACUACACAGUUCGAAGUUUUUCCCCAAUCAGUUAAUUCUUUUUACACUUUAACCUAAGUCAAUCAAAAAUUUAGAAAAUCAAAUAUUGUUUCAAUUUGAUAUAUAAACGGAAUGUAAAGUUAUUCUAUUAUUUUCCUUCACUGUUUAACAAAAAAAAAAAAAUCUUAAAAAGUUGCAAAUUAAUAUUGAAGAUAUUGUCAAUUUAAAUUCGAAUACAUCCUCCAUAAAAUGGCUAAAGUUCACGUAUGCAACGUCGUCGUUUUGGAUAAUCCAUCUCCAUUUUUCAAUCCUUUCCAGUUUGAAAUCACUUUCGAAUGCAUUGAAGAUUUAAAAGAAGAUCUAGAAUGGAAAAUAAUUUAUGUUGGAUCAGCAGAAAGUGAAGAUUAUGAUCAGAUACUUGAUACUGUUUAUGUAGGACCAGUUCCUGAAGGAAGGCAUAUGUUUGUAUUUCAGGCUGAUCCUCCUGAUCCAUCUAAAAUACCAGUUCAAGAUGCUGUUGGUGUUACAGUAGUACUCCUUACUUGUUCUUAUCGAGGUAAAGAAUUUAUACGAGUAGGGUAUUAUGUUAACAAUGAAUAUACUGAUAUGGAGUUUAGAGAAAAUCCACCUGCUGUUCCCCAGUUUGAAAAAUUACAGAGAAAUAUACUUGCAACAAGUCCAAGAGUUACAAGGUUCAAAAUAGAUUGGGAUGAUAAUCCUGGAGAAGAAAAUAUUCCACCAGUUCGUCCAAUUGACUGUAAUCAGAUUAUUUCUGAAGACAGUACUGGACCACUUAAACCAACAGUUUCUCCAGACAGUAAUCCUAGCAUGGAAGUUUCAUAGCAAAAAUAAAAUAUAGUCAUUUGUCUAUAUGUACAAAGGAAUCAUCUGUGAAAAUUCAAGUUGAAUUUUUUUUUUCAACCAUUCCCAUUUGAACAUUCAUAAUUCAUUUACUUAUUUUUAAUUUUAUAUUAAAACUUACAUAACAACAAAUACAUUUUACAAAAUUAUACAUGCCCACAAAAACAGAUUUAAAAGUUUAGUUUUAUAAAGUUACUAUUCACCAAUAUGCAAUUAAACAAGCAGCACCAUUUAUUGUGAAAUUUCUUAAUUUUGCAAUAAAUUUUUUCUGUUUCAAAGAUUCGUUUUGCAAGAAUUUUCCAAAAUUUUAGUUAACUUUAUUUGUGUAGAAUUU